CUGGGACCCCCCCACCUUUGUCAGCUAUAUAGGAGGCUGGGACAAAGGCAGCAGACGUCAACCUAACUCAGCUCACAGAGAGGAGGGCUAUAUACACUUCCAAGGUGAGGAUGACAUCCACGGCAGAUCGACUGGCCCGUCAGCAGGACAGGGAAAAAGGCAUUGGCACAAACAAGAAAGCAGUGAAGUUCUCCCAGCAGGAUUAUGAGACUCUGCGCCAGCAGUGUUUGAAGAGUGGACGCCUGUUUGAGGACAACUGCUUUUCAGCUGAGCCCACAUCACUGGGCUACAAGGAGCUGGGACCAGAUUCAUCCAAAACCAAGGGGGUUGUUUGGAAAAGGCCAAAGGAGCUGUGCUCAAACCCAAAGUUCAUUGUUGAUGGAGCCACAAGGACGGACAUUUGCCAAGGAUCUCUGGGUGACUGCUGGCUUAUGGCUGCAAUAGCCAGUCUGACUCUAGACCAGCAGAUCCUGGCUCGUGUAGUGCCCCAGGAACAAAGUUUUACUGAAGGUUACGCCGGGAUAUUUCACUUCCAGAUCUGGCAGUUUGGUGAGUGGGUGGAUGUGGUGAUCGAUGACCGUUUACCAACAAGAAAUGGAAAGCUGCUGUUUGUUCACUCAGCGGUGGGCUCAGAGUUUUGGAGCGCGCUGCUGGAGAAGGCCUACGCCAAGUUGUAUGGCAGCUAUGAGGCCCUGACAGGAGGAUUACCUACUGAGGGUUUUGAGGAUUUCACAGGAGGGAUUGCAGAAGUAUACUACUUAGACAAAGCUCCACCGACGCUCUUCCAAAUCAUGCAGAAGGCCAUGAGCCUGGGUUCACUACUUGGUUGCUUUAUUAUUCAAAAGACCAGUGCCGAGACAGAGGCAGUUACACCUCUCAAACUUGUCAAGGGACAUGCAUACUCAGUCACUGGUGCAGAGGAGGUUCAUUUCCAAGGUAAGCCGGUUCAGCUGGUUCGCAUCAGGAACCCAUGGGGUCAGGUGGAGUGGACUGGGCCUUGGAGUGAUGGGUCCAUUGAAUGGAACCAUAUCAGCAAAGAUGAGAAAUCAAAGUUGAACCAUGUGGCUGUUGAUGGUGAAUUCUGGAUGUCCUAUUCAGACUUUAUCAAGCAGUUCCUCAGGCUGGAGAUCUGUAACUUGACCCCAGACGCGCUCACGUGUGAUAAAGUGGGCCACUGGAACCACUACCAGUAUGAAGGGAUGUGGAGGAAGGGAUCUACUGCAGGCGGCUGCCGCAAUUUCUCAGCCACAUUCUCGUCCAACCCUCAGUUUGUGGUGUGCCUGGAGGAUGUGGAUGAUGAUCCCCUGGAUGGGAAGGAUGGAUGUACCUUUCUGGUUGGGCUCAUGCAAAAGGAUGGGCGACAGCAGAAGAAGCUCGGCCGCAACCUUGAGAGCAUUGGCUUUGCCAUUUAUAAGGUCCCAGAUCAGUACAAAGGCCAAAGCAAUCUUCACCUGGGUCCAGAUGUCCUGCUGCGACAGAGACCUGUGGCCACGAGCUCCUUCGUCCCUACACGGGAAGUGUGCAACCGCUUUAAACUUCCUCCAGGAGAAUAUGCCAUUGUUCCCUCGACCUAUGAGCCUGACAAGAAUGGCAGCUUCCUGCUCAGGGUGUUCUCUGAGAAACCGGCUGCAGCCAGAAAUGUUUAGGGCUCUGGAGAGAGCUGACACAGGGGAGAUUGAGCUGGAUAUGCAACAGUGGCUGUGCCUGGUGGUCCUCUGACUCUGGAGACAAGACAACCGAGAUGAUACCUGCUGGAGGAUUAACAAUACAUUUAUUGAAUUCACCAAAAAAUCACAUUUAUUUUUUACAAACUAAGUAUACUCAAUGACAGUUCACAUGCAUUCUAUAAGUUCCAAAUGCUUGAACAUGGCUAAAAUGUGUUUGUUAAUUUGAAUCAUAUUUGCUGAACAUAAACAUGGGGACAUGUUGUAUCAGUCACAUGUAUUAUUCCAUUUUUAAAUCUUUUUUGUGUGCAGCGGGAACAAUUCUGUCUUGUUAGUUGGUGUUUUUGCUCUUUUAGGUGUUGCAAAACUUCUGUGAAAUGCAAGAAAAUAAAGAAACUAACAAACUA